UCCGUUAAAGACAAAAUGGCAAUUCCAGUAAUCAACUUAGAAGAGCUGAAUGGAGAGAAGAGGAGCCAAACAAUGUCAUUAUUACAUGAGGCGUGUGCAAAGUGGGGCUUCUUUUGGGUUGAAAAUCAUGGAAUUAGUGAAGAAUUGAUGGAAAAGAUCAAAACUUUAGUGAAAUUGCACUAUGAGGUGAACAUGAAAGAUAGUUUCUAUGAGUCAGACUUGGCAAAAGGAUUAGAAACUCCGAAUAAAGUUAUGGAUUUUGACUGGGAAAGCAGCAUUUUCAUUCGCCAUAAGCCUGAUACAAACACAGAAGCCAUUGUAAACCUGAAACCUGAGCUCUA